AGCAUUGAACAGCGUCAUAAUGAGUUUUCAAAAAGAAAAAGAGUCACAAUUAUACUGAAACACAAAAACAAAACCCUAUCAUACAUAUUUAAAGGUAGAUUGUGAUUCUCUAAUUACAGUACGUAGUGAUCAACUCAAUAUGGCGACGGAGAAAACAGCAAUGGCGACCAAGGAGGCGAAGAAGACGACAAAGAUUGAGAAACUAUUCUGUGUUGAGAGAGUUCUCUUGACUUUAUUUGCAGAGCGAUUUCUGUAUAUGUUAUAUGCUAUUGAACCUUCUUCGACUGUGUUUGAUAAACAUUAUGUUUUUGCUAAUUUUCUUUAUUUUAGUCUUUAUAUUCUCGUCAUCUUUGUUCUCGCCACCAACGCCACCAUUCUUAUAUCCAUGCUCUUUAACAACCGUUCUGCGGACGCGGAACCUGAAAGAAAAUUAGAGAACAGAGAAGUAUUUUUAUUGAUUUUGAUGGAACGAUUGAUUAUCAUAAAAUUAUUUAUAGAAUUCUUUCGUGGAGGACAAGGAAACGAAGAGGCUAUAGCAGUUUCUACUUUGAUGGCUAUUCUUUUUUCUGUGUCCACUAUAGCAUAUACGUACCAUUACUACCGAAUCUACUCUAAGAUCUAUUUUCAAGUCGAGGAAAAAGAGACGUUAGUAGCCGAGCAACAGGAGAAAAUUGACGGUGACGGAGACGACGACGACGAUGAUGAUGAUGAGUAUUGUUGGAUUGGGAGCAAACAAGAGAAAGAAGCUGCGGAUAAAGUGAAGAUGAUGAAGAAGAAGCAUGAAGAAGAAUGGAAGAAGAGGGUAUUAAUGUUCCAUGAUUUAAUAGGGUUUUUUAUGGAUUAAUAAAUAAUGCACAUUAUGCACUAGAAUAGUUUCAUUUUUCUUCUAUUGAUGAUUAGUUUUUUUAUGGGAUUAUAUCA